UUUUUCUAUUCUUCCAUGCAAACCUCAGCAACCUUUUGUCUAGUCAGUGAGAAGUGUGUAAAUGUCAGCUGCCCUGUCAGUGGAUGCAGGGGUAGUCUGUGCCCCAGACUACAUACUGCUAAGCACAAAGCACCUUUGGUGCCAAUGUCUUUACUGGAAAAACGUUAGGAAUUACUAUUGAAUAUUAGUCUCUGAACUGCAAGAUCUACUGAUAAAAAUCGCUGCUCACUACUUUCUAUUUCUACGUGGACCUCAACAGCAAUGGGAGAAAUUGCAAAGAUCAUCAGCCACUUGUAUGUGUUUAUACAUAUUUGUUUCUUAUACAAAGGACUUUGCCACAAAUCUGCUUCCCUCAUGGUGAGAUUUCGCAUCCAAGAAGAAGUACCUAUUGGUACUCUAAUAGGACAAAUAUCUGAUGCACCUGGCUUGACAGUGGACGUUAAUGAAAAAUAUCAGCUAAUGAAGGAGCCUACUACUUUUCCCUUGCAGGUGGGCCUGGAUGAUGGAUCUAUUACUACAACAGGACGUCUAGACAGGGAGGAACUUUGCCUUUCUCCUGGUCAUUGCCUUCUCUCCUUUAACGUUCUUGCAACCAAGGCACUAACUUUAGUUUAUGUGGAAAUAGAAGUAUUGGACAUCAAUGACAAUGAGCCAAGUUUCCUUAAGCCUGAUAUGGAUAUGGAGAUCUCAGAAAGCGCUUUAUUACGGACACGAUUUCCACUUGACAGAGCAUUUGAUCUUGACAGUGGGAACAAUGCAGUGAAAUUAUACACGCUCUCACCCAGUGAGCACUUUGCUUUAGAUGUUACCACUGGUACUGAUGGCAUUAAAUAUCCUGAGCUGGUUAUUGUGAAAGAACUUGACAGAGAACUGCAAUCUUCAUUCUAUCUAGUUCUAACUGCAUUUGAUGGGGGAGUUCCACGUAAAUCAGGCACAACCCAGAUUAGAAUUAAUAUUUUAGAUUCAAAUGAUAACAGCCCUGUUUUUGAGGAAAGCUCUGUUAUACUUGAAGUCUCUGAAGACACCUCUCCUGGGACACUUCUCCUAAAUCUCACAGCCACUGACCCAGACCAAGGACCAAAUGGGGAGAUAGAAUUCUCAUUUAGCAAACACACUCCUCACCAUGUGCUCAGCAUGUUCAGUAUUGACCCUAAAUUGGGAGAGAUAUUCCUGAAACAGCCCCUAGAUCACGAAAACAGGCAUUCUUAUGAAUUAGAUGUGCAAGCUAAGGAUUUAGGGCCUAAUCCAAUCCCUACUCACUGUAAGGUUCUAAUCAAGGUCCUCGAUAUUAAUGAUAAUGUACCUGAUAUUCAAGUGACUUGGGCUUCUGAAGAUUCUCAGGUAAUUGAAGUCCCAGAAACAGUUCCCUGGGGGAGUUUUGUAGCUUUGGUUAUGGCGAAAGAUCCAGAUUCCGGUACAAAUGGCCAAGUGCAAUGCCAUUUAAUUCAAGAGCAGACUCAUUUUAAGCUAGAGCGAGCUAAUGGAAACAAUUAUAUAUUGCUGACCAAUGCCACACUAGACAGAGAGAAAAUGGAUGAAUAUAAUCUGAUAAUCCAGGCACAAGACAGUGGAGUGCCUUCAUUUUCCUCCAACAAACCUUUAAAGAUUCGUGUUAGUGAUGCCAAUGACAAUGCACCCUUGUUUGAGAAGGACAGUUAUGAAGUGUUUCUGGAUGAAAACAAUUCUCCUCCUACUCAUCUUAUUACAGUACAAGCUCUGGACACUGACCUAGAUGCAAAUGCUGAGGUAACAUAUAGUAUCAUCGAUUCCUCCAUUUUAGGGACCACAGCCUCAACCUUUUUUUCUAUCCACCCCAGUACUGGGGAGAUAUUUGCUAUUCAAUCUCUAGAUUAUGAGGAAACAAGAGAAAUCCAAUUAUUUGUUCAAGCAGAAGACAAUGGCAACCCAAAACUUAGCAGCAAUACCUCAGUAAGAGUUUUCUUGACAGACAAAAAUGACAAUAGCCCUGUAAUUAAACAACCACCUUUAAGAAAAGGUCAUGCAAGUAUUACUGUUUUGGUGAAUGCUGAAACAGGACAUCCAUUUUCAUCCAUAGAGAUGCACAAUUCUCAAAAACAUGGGCACUCUACAUCAGAAAAAAGAGUUUUAAUCAAUAUGGACAUACCAAUGGCUUCAACAAAAUUCAACACUCACCCAAUUUUUCAUGUGCUAGCAACAGAUGCAGAUUCUAAUCAGAAUGCUGAACUCAUUUACUGGUUAAAAGAUGACCAUCAUGGCUUAUUUGUAAUAGAUGAGCAUAUUGGACAAUUAUAUUUGAAUGCAAGCAAUGCCAGCUACCUCAUUGGGAAUACAUUGAAUUUAGAAGUAUUUGUGAGAGAUAAUGGCACUCCUCAACUGGAUACCAAGGCUCAUCUUAAUGUCAUGUUCAUGAACCACCUGGACCAUUUGAAAAACUCAGGUGAAGGGUCCAAUGGUAAACUUAGUAACUCUAUAGUGAUUGUUAUCUGUCUAGCUGUUCUUUUGGCUGUUUGUUUAUUAAUUUUGGCCCUUAUCAUGUCAUAUUGCCGAGUGGAUAGGAAGGAUAACAGGGCCUACAAUUGCAGGGAAGAGGAAUCUGCUUACAGAAACCAACCGAGAAGACCCCAAAGACAGAUUCAGAAGACAGAUAUUCAUGUGGUACCUGUACUGAGGGGUAGGCAACAAAAUGUCCCAUCUGAAUCCUCCAAGCCAUUAUCUUACUCAGAUGACCAUAAUGAGAUUCCAGAGGAUGAUUCUUUAAAGACACCCUUUCACCUUACACCUACACUUUACCGUACCUUAAGAAACCAACAUAACCAUGAUACAAUUGAUGAAGAUGCUCAAGAUGUACAAUCACCUUUCUCUUUGCCCCCCUCUGUGUGCCGCACUCUGCAGUACCAAAGACAAAGAAGCUGUUCAAGGGAAAAUAUUCAAGACCUCCAUAACACUCUCCCUUCACCUUCCAAAACUUUGAAAAACAUUGGAAGCCCUCAAGUAAAUCUUAGUGAUAAUCAAAGUGUGUCUGAACCCUUUAUAUACAAUUCAGGAACCCUACAAGCCACUUCUCCAACUCUGAGACGCCAGAGGAAUAAUACUGGGGAAUCAUCCCAGGAGCAAAUCUUGAGGAGCUUGGUGAGACUAUCAAUGGCAGCUUUAGCAGAGAGGGAUGGAGUGGAGCUCACCAUGCAGUCCCCACAUGUGCAGCAAAUUUCACAGCUGCUUUCCUUGCUCCACCAAGGACAAGUUCACCCUAAGACUCUUCACAGAGGGAACAAGUAUUCUUCUAAGAAUGGCAGAUGUGCGGGGCAGGAGAAUGACUGGCAGAGCACAAAGGACAGUGGUAACGGAGGGAGUGAGGCAGGAGACCUAGAUUCAGAGCCAGGAGUUGACCUACCUGCCAGUCAGCAGCAGCUACUAGAAGAGAGUCUGGAGACACUGUUGGCUCCCUGCAUGAGCACAGAGGGAAACCGUCUGAGUGAUCUAGACCCAGGCUGGAUAUCCCGCCUCUCCUUACCUUUAACUGGAAGCUACAAGGACAAUAUUUUUACUCCAAACUCACAGAUCCAACAACAGCCUCCAAUAACAGCAGAUGAUCGAGAACAGCUUCAGACGUUUCUGACAUUUGGUAAAACGUCUGAUGGAUCUCAAGGAAAUAGACUUGCAAGCACCUUCCUUUCUGAGAUGAGCUCUCUCUUUGAGAUGCUCUUGAAUCAGAAAGCUGAAUCCCAUGGUGAUACAGCUUCUGAGGUGCUUCUGAGACUUUCAGGCUGCAGCAACAGCAUGGGAAUGGAUGGUAAUAAAUGGGAUAAAGUUAGAAACUAAAUGGAAACUUAUGAACCACAGAAAUUCCACUAAUUGUUACAUUUUCACUUUUUGAAAUAAUUAUAAUACCAUUUGGAAUUAACAACAAGCUAAUACAUAUUGCUACUGUAUCUUUACUAAGUAAUUAGGAAGUACUGGUAAAAAGCUAAACACACCAUUGCUUCUAAGGGCCUAAUGAUUAAAAACUCACCGAGAUAGGGAGAAAUCAUGUAAAAUCUUUGAGAUUUUUUUUAGCAUUAUAUUGUAUGUAGGUGUCUUUGCUUCACAACCAGAACCUUGCACAGCAAUAAAAACAGCUCUCAAGCUAAAAUGUAUAAAAUUCUUUGAGGUACUGAUGAGACUUCUAAGAUUAUCUCAAGUGGAGAGCUUUAGAUCAUCAGGCCAUAACUCUUACCAAAACGCCAUUACUGGGUAAAACUUGAAACUCAAAAAUUUUCUUCCAUGAUUACGAAACAACAUACCAUUUUAAACUACUUUACAAUUUACUUCCAUUAUAUAAUUAGCUUCAUUCUCUUGGUGUCCUUUGUGGAAGGUGCAGCAAUGCACUACUGGGUGCUAGCUGGACAGUUCAGGUGAGCCAAUGACAAGGGGUCCAUAUGUGCAGCCACCAAUCAGCAGCUAGCUUCCAGUAGUGUGUUGAUGUUCUGAGCAUACCUAGGUAUGCUUUUCAACAAAUGAUACCAAGAAAACAAUGCAGAUUAGAUAUUAGAAGUAAAAUGGAAAGUUAAUGUCAAAAAUGAAAGUUUAAUUUUGCCUUUUUUGUCAAUUUAAUAUGUAGUCUCUCCAUUUUCCCCAUGAUCCUAUUGUCUUCAAAUUUGACAAUAAAAUGGAUAAGCAGGCAAGUAUACUUUGUUAGCCCUAUAUAUCAUACAAGUUGAGUAAAGGUUCUACAUUUUUAUGCCUGAGUAUUUUAAAUUGCAAACUUUCAAGAAACAAAACACUUCACUUCAGAAGAAAAAUUGCUUUCUAAAACUGCUCCUUAUAUAAAUGGAAUGGGAUAGUGUGGGAAUCUAGGUAAAAAAACAAAUUCAGUUUGCUACCAAAUGAUUUUAUUGUUACCCAUCAUUUACCCAGAAAAGUGUUUUAUAUGGGGGAAAAGACCGAUACAUUCAGUGUAAUCUGAAGAGUCAGAGAAGAAAACUGUAUUCUCCUCUGCAAAAUCGCAAUCUUACAGAGAACAUUUUAAACAGCAGCGCUAGUAUGAGUUUGCAGCUUUUAAACACAUUUACCUCCUUCCUAUAAUUUGUUUAGAAGAAGUUUUUUCCAGUUUGAUCACAUUUUUAAAGCAUGCUCAUUUAUGCAAGAGAAUCACUAUGGAUCUUUACAUUGUAGUCAGCAGGCUGAACUGUAGCUUCUUUUGUAAUGUGUAAUGUGUCUUUGUAUUUAUAAAUUAUUUAUCAUUUCCUGUCUGGUAUCUUUACCAACUGUCUUUGUGUAAAUAAUAUUAGAUUAAAAUAACAUUUUUAAA